UUAAUGGACUAACAUCAGGUGUGUUACAAGCAAGGAAUCUGGUGCAGACCAAGUGGAUUGAUUGCCAAGGUUCCACUACCUAUAACCUGAUAAUACCAGAAAACACUAGAAAGGAGGAGACCAUGCCCAGGGCAUUCCUGGUGAAGAAGUCAAGUUUGGGAUCGGGGAAGAAAAAGUGGGGUGAGGUGCCUGAUGAAGAUAGAGGAGAGAUGUAUAUCCCAGUGACCUUGGAAUAUAUUGCCCGAAAUGAGGCAGAACCCGAGUAUGACAACGAAGUGGCUCUUGAUCUAUCACUCAACCACCUGCGCUGUGUAGGAGGCUCCCCUCCAUAUCAAGGAGCCGAGACAGACAUUGGACAAGCACCUGAAAGCCAGAACCAGAGAUAUUCUACACAGGGUGAGCAGAGACUGCUGUUCCGCUGUAACCUUUGUGACAAGAGCUUUUCCUACCAAAGGAUGCUGAACCGCCACAUGAAGUGUCACAGCGAGGUGAAGAGGCAUCGUUGUGAGCAUUGCGGAAAAGGAUUCAAUGACACUUUUGAUCUAAAGAGGCAUGUGCGCACCCAUACAGGAGUCCGCCCUUACAAGUGUCACCUCUGUGACAAGGCCUUUACCCAGCGCUGCUCUCUGGAGUCACACUUGAAAAAGAUACACGGAGUACAACAGAAUUACGCUUAUAAGGAGCGCAGGACCAAACUCUACGUGUGUGAAGAGUGUGGGUUUACGGCAGACAGCCAGGAAAGCUACCUGCAUCACCUCCAACUUCAGCACCCCAACAGUGCUCUCAUCCAGCGUGCCUCUAAGAAGCUAGGCGUCACACUGCCAGGCGGUAUCAGCCCUUUACUACACCAUAACCAUCUUAUCUGUCACAGCGAUAUAGACUAAAGACGUUUUCAGUUUCACCUGAAUGGACACUAUCAAGGUGCAAUUUCAAAAGAACUGUCAUUUGGCAGCUACUGUAAUUUGCAAGAAAUAACCGGACAAUGCAUAAUGUUACCUUUCUUAUUUCAAUAUGAGCACUGCCAUGUUAUAUUUAUCUAAUACAGAGUACAUGUACCGCAUCCUUCUACAUUAUUUCCUGUAUAAUAAUAUACACAUAGGAGCUGCAUUAAUGGGAUACGGCAAAGUAGCUGCCUUAGUGGGUAUACCUGCCCAUCAAACUGUGUCUGCAUAAUCUGUGUAUACAAUUCUAUCUAACACUGGACCUAAUUCAGACCCCAUCGCUCCUCUGCAUUUUUGCAGAGGUUUGCGAUCGAUAGUCGCCAUCCAGCCAGAGUGAAAAUUCGCCCCUGCAAGUCUGCGUACGACACGCGAAAAGCUUUGCAAACGCCGGCCAGCAGCAAAUCUGUUUGCAACUCACUCACCGUCGAAUGAUUUUUCCAGUCUGUGUAUAGCCAGGACUUACUUCGCACGAUAGAAACUGAUCAGGGCCGGAGCUGACGUCACACACCCACCCUUAAAAUGCUUGGGAACGCCUGCGUUUUUCCUGACACUCCCAGAAAACCGCCAGUUACCACCCCCAAACGUCCGCUUCCUGUCAAUCACCUUGUGUACACCUAGCGAUCGAAAUUUUCAAACCAUUCUGUCACUGUUUGGGCUCCGCAUUGUGGUGCAGACGCAGUCAUUCGAUAAUCGUCCGCUGUGCGAUUUCACACAACAGCGAUCAGGUCUGAAUAAGGCCCACUGUCAGGCAAGUCCAAACGUUUGUCUGUGUUAGCUGCAAACAAUAGGCACAUGUUAUAACUGAAUACCUGAUAGUGUUAUCCUGAGCUGCCUGAGGCCUGCUACAUGAGUGCCUGGAGCAGGAGGCAUCCUAAAGGAAGAACCUUCUGGCUCUAAUUCAGGCCUGAUCGUAGCCUGAGCAAAUGGACUAGCCCACCCCGUAUGUCAGGUCCUACCCUCCCCGCACAUGUACAAAAGCAUAGCACAGCGGUGAUGCCUUUGUACUUAACGAGUGGCUCCCUUCCAGUGCACCAGUGCAGAAUUUGCUGCGUUAUAUAAGAACCUGUCAAUAAAACUAUGUAUAUAUAUAAACCACAGAUCCGGCACUCCUCUGAUAGCUUUCAAUGAUACUGGCCAGGGUGCACUCCCAUGGGCUAACCAGCCCCACAUACCAACAAA